AUGCCACAGUCACCGGCCGAGAAUGGCAAUAAUCAGCAGCAGCAGCGCGGCCAGGUGCAGGCUAGCUUCAAGGUCAAUGCCAAGCCCAAGACUAGGUCCCGCAACGGUUGCCCGACAUGCAAGGCUAAACGGCUGAAGUGUGACGAAAACAAGCCAUUCUGCAAUCAGUGCAUCAGAAAUGGACGCAAAUGCCCCGGAUAUAACCAAGCGUUCAGGUGGUCGACGAAGCAUGAGAAGGCCUUGAUCGCCAAAGCCAGGGGUCCGUCCAAUCUCAAGGAUCUCGUCACUGCCACUUCUAACACCAUUACUCCACAUGAAGCGCUGGCAGGGGACACGUCUAACAUCAAUCAAGGGCAACCCAUCGAGGUCGACCCAGCCGGGGCUAACGAACAGGGGCAAGGAGGCUGUGCAGACCUCAAUGGCUUGCCAGACGGUGGUGGCAUGUUGACCCCGAUGCUUGACAACAUCAUGAUGCCCGAAUUUGAGUACGGCAUCGAGGACCUGCUUCAGGAUAUAUGGGAGGAACAGCCAGUGGCAUGUGGACCUUCACCGCCAGCGGAUGACGUGGGGCAUGAUGCCCCUUUCAUAGACCAGUCGCUGCCACUGGAGUCUUCGUUGAGUCCCAAAUCACCCUUUUCCUUCUGGAGUGCAGGCUUUUCCUUCAGUCCAUCCGACCAGCCCAUGUUCCCGCAGAUCCCACGCACCAUCACUGAUCGCUCCUCACUUCUUGUUGAGGAGUGGUUCAAGCAUGUAUGCUCCAUGUGGUCCAGCUACGACUCUGAGGUCAACUUGAAUCGGAAACUUGCAUCGGAUACAUGGACAAGGUCAGAGGCCGUCAUGAACUGCCUGCAGAGUAUGUCCGCGACAUGUCUAAGCUCGCAGAUGCCCCAAAUGAGGCAGGUGGCCAUAUCCUAUCUGAAGGGUGCGAUAAGGGCGAUACAGCGGGAUCUCAAAGCGGCGGGGCAGGGCCCAACCCUGGGGGCAUUUCCUACCGAUCUACUUCUUGCUCUCUGUUGCGUUGGCACGGCGGCCUGCUGGAUUAACACCAAGGAGAUUGGCGGGCAGUUCUUAAGGGAGGCAAAGACACUGCUCAAACGAAUCAAUCAAGAAUCCGACCGACUUUCGGCCCAAGACCGCCAGACCUUGUCUUUCUUUAACAACAGUCUUAUCUACUGGAACAUGCUCGUAGCCGUCGUAUCCGACGAACCAGAUGAUUUAGGCACCCCGAGGCUGAAGGAGCCCCAGGAUAGCCAGGUCUCGGGGCCGAUAAUACCACACCCUUGGACCGGUGUCUCGGCCACGGCACAGCGCUUGUUUGCGCAGGCCAUCAAGCUCUGUCGUAGGUUUAGGCGCCAUCUCAAGAAGGACUCCAUUUCCACUAUGAGAAGUCUGCAGACUGCUCUCAGAGACAUCAAAGAGGCACAGGAGAUCGAGGAGGAACUACUCGGACUCGAACACUAUAGUGUUCAUGAAAUCUCGGACACUGGAGAUAGGAUGACUCCCAGAUCUCACUUUGUCGAUGUUGCCGAGGGAUAUCGUCUGGCGUCAUUGUUGCAGCUCUACCAGACAUUCCCCGACUUGGUGGCACGGCGACUACCGGAAGACACAACAGAGUCCUCCGUCGUGCCGUGGGACCGGUGGAUCGUACCUCUCAGUCUUCGGCUGGUCAACACGCUGAAGAAGAUCCCGCCCAGCUCCGGGACUCGAUGCAUUCAGCCCCUGCUGUACUUGUCCGCCAGCACCGGGCUGAGGUUCGACGUGGAGACGCUGAUACAGCAACAGCAGCUGCAAGAGAAGCAACCAAAUCAACCGAGAGACCAUUCUCCUAUCCAAGAUACGUUCAAUGAGACCAAUGGCAUGCCUUCCACUCUGGAGAUGGAAAUGAGUGCGUUCAUGGAUCUAGAACCCAAGGAAGACCCUCCCAUCUCGCUGACGAGAAUGUCGAUCGAGGUCAGCCAUGCGCGGCGCUUCAUCAUGGAGCGUCUGAGUGCGUUGGAGCACAAUUUGCCACCUGCGCCAGUUCUGGUUGCCAAGGACCUGGUCAAGGCGAUCUGGGCUGGUUAUGACUCGGAGCAGCCUGGAACAAACUACACCCACUGGAUUGAUGUCAUGGAGGCAUCGAAUCUGCGGACAAUCUUUGGUUAAGAUCCGAACGCAGGGACGUGGGCAGCUGGGUUUAUGUAGUGAGUGGUAUAAUUCACUUGCUGAUGAUUUGACGACAUGGUGUGGAACGGUAUUGGGAUAAGGUCGGGUCGGGUAUGGAGCGGGAUCACUCGGGGGUAACUGGACGGGCAAGGCGCAGAUUGAAUCUGCCUGUAUACUUGUUUAUAUCGAAUUGGAUAGGUCAUGGGGCUAGGAGGUAGUCGGUUUUCGAUAACGCGGUAGAUUGGUGAUAGCUCUACCAAAAAAUGG